CUGACCCACUCAAUUUGAAAGCAAUGGAUGAUGCUAAAACCUUACUAUACUUUAACGAGCAAGCCAGAAAAUUAUCUCAAGAAUCUCCCAAAUUUGUGGACCAAUCCAGCGGAUACAAACCUCAUGCUGCGGAUGCACUUUGUCGGGAAUCUGGGUUAAUCCAAAAAGACCCCAAUAUGUCAUAUAUGGAAGCCAAAAUGACGAGGUCUCAUUUGCAUCCAGGAACAAGCAAAGGGGUUCAGAAUAUGGAAGUUGAUUGUUAUCCAUCUGCAGCUUCAAAUCAAAGAAUUCACAUGUGGAAGAACAUUCCUCAGAAUAAACCUACUGGCUCUGUGAUUACACAGUACAGGGUGGACCCUCAUACACAGUACAGGGUGGACUCUCAGAAGUUCUCUAAUAGGCGCUCUCUAGAUGACAUGUACAUGCAUGAUCAUAACAACUCAUCGGCAUACUUGGCAGAUAUAUCAAA